AUGGCUCAUAGUGUCGGGCUGGAGAAGACCACGAUACAAGAUCUUGACUAUGGGGCUUUUCAGGGGCGUAUUGAAAUGACGAACCUAGAGGGGAAAGUCGCAGAGAUUCGCCUUUCUCGUGUUAAUUGGCAGUCCUAUCUCCAGGGGCAGAUGAUCAAUCAGAAGCAGUUUGAUUUCAUAUCGCAUCUUGAUAACGCCACUACCACAGAAGCUCGGACUCGUGUGGUUAACGAAUUUAAAGGCGAGGUAUGCGAUUUGCUGAUUCUGACGCGUUUCUCAGGUUGCGCACUUGUUUGUCUCAAUUUUGAAUCGCAUUUCCAAGGAGCAGACGCUGCAGAAGAAACAUCUCGUGUUGAGCUGUUUCGGCAGUACUUUGAUUCAAAGUCGGAAAAUAUUUGGAAUCAUUUUUUUAACUUCCUUCAAAGAACUGACCUUAUUUGCGUUUACCAGGUCUCAAAGAUAAUCACCAAGUUCGCCUGCUGGUCCACUCAGCGCAUUGACGAGAAGUCGCUAAUUUACUUCUUUGAUUGGCUUCUGGAAAAACUUCAACAACCCAACAAUGAGUAUCUACAAACAGUGGCUCGUAAUUUGCAGAUGCUUCUUCGUGUUCGCGACUACCGCAGUACUUUUGUGACAAAACAGGGCGUAGACGUGCUCAUCAGGGUACUAUCAAACAAAGAAACUAAUUGCGAACUCUACUACCAGCUCAUAUUCUGCCUCUGGUGUCUCAGUUUUAACGGCGAUUUGGUACAAAUUAUGGUGAAAAAUCCAACUCUUCUGCCUGCUGUUUGCGACGCCUUUUGCGAUGCUGAGCGGGAAAAGGUUCUGCGAAUUUGCAUGGCCUUUCUGCGAUCUGUAUUGGAGAAGUUGGAUGAUCCUGCAUUGAUGCGAGAAUGCUCGCUGCGGAUGGUACAGUGCAAGGCUCUGAAACGGCUAGAACUCCUCUCGCAGAAGGAUCUUAGCCAUGACCCUGAGAUGACUGAGGAUCUCAAGUUUUUGCAGGAGACAUUGAAGGCCAGUGUUCAAGACGUGAGCAGCCUGGAAGAGUACACCACGGAGCUGACUUCGGGUCGGCUGGAGUGGUCACCAGUGCACAAAUCAGAGAAAUUCUGGCGUGAAAAUGCGGUUAAGUUUACAGAAAACAAUUAUGAACUGCUAAAAAUGCUCGUUUACCUGAUGGAGAGCUCUACGGAGACAGUGAUCCUUUCAGUAGCAGCGCAUGACGUGGGUGAAUUUGUGCGCCACUACCCACGAGGCAAACAGGUUAUUGACCAACUUGGUGGAAAGCAGGUAGUGAUGUCCCUACUUCAACAUCAUGACCCCAGUGUGCGCUACAACGCGCUGUUGGCUCUGCAGAAAAUCAUGGUGCACAACUGGGAGUAUUUGGGCAAACAGCUGGAGACCCAGAAGGCAACGUCAGGAGCAUCUUCGACUUCAGUGGCAAAAGUAAAGUAA